UAAGGCAAAAAAAAAAAAAAAGGUCAACCUUUAAACUAUUCCACGAAGUUUAACAAAUUUAAUGAAACAAUGGUAAUCAAAUAGUUGCGUCUUGUACGCAGCGUGUGUAUUCUUUGCACGGGACGAGUGUUUAUUGUCGUAACUAAGUGAAAACAAGGAAAGAAAAAUACACGAAGCGUUCGAACUGGAUCGACUCACGCUUUCUAGAUUUCCUGUCCCUGUGAGGAAGAGUUACAGAGGGCCACCGAGGGGGAGACUGAGGGGCGGUGACGCAAAGCGCACAAAGCAGCCCAGUGGACUCUCACUAGCCUCCCUUUUACUGAGCUUUUUAAAAUAGUUUUUCUCCAAAGUUCUUUUUUGACCUCUUUCUUUGCACGUGGUUACUUUAUUUUUUAACGCAACCAUUUGGUCGGGAACGAAAUUGGGAUUUUCCCUCAUAUUAUGCACAUCAAUGGAUACCGAGGGAUCAGUGAUUAGCACACGAGCUGAGGAUCAGUCCUUCCAUGUCCGCUACAGGAUGGAGGUGUCCUGCCUCGAGCUGGCACUGGAGGGCGAGCGUCUCUGCAAGGUGGGCGACUACAGAGCCGGCGUGUCCUUCUUCGAAGCUGCCAUCCAGGUGGGCACGGAGGACCUGCAGGUGCUCAGUGCCAUCUACAGUCAGCUGGGCAAUGCCUACUUCCAUCUGCACGACUACGCCAAAGCGCUGGAGUUCCACCGGCACGACCUCACAUUGACCAGGACCAUCGGGGAUCUGCUCGGCGAAGCCAAAGCCAGCGGGAAUCUUGGAAACACGCUGAAGGUGCUGGGGAGGUUCGAUGAGGCUACGGUGUGCUGUCAGAGGCACUUGGAUAUAGCGAAGGAUGUCAGCGACAAGGUGGGUCAGGCGAGAGCGCUGUACAACUUUGGGAAUGUGUACCACGCAAAAGGGAAAAGUAUAUGCUGGAGCGGUGCUGAGCCAGGAGAUUUUCCAGAAGACGUCAUGAUGGCCCUGAGGAAGGCGUCGGAAUAUUACGAGGAAAACUUGGGACUCGUUCAGGAGCUUGGUGACCGGGCCGCCCAGGGUCGAACUUACGGCAACCUGGGCAACACUCACUACCUGCUGGGGAACUUUCGGAACGCCGUGGCGUCUCAUGAGCAGCGUCUGCUCAUAGCUAAAGAAUUUGGCGACCGCGCCGCAGAAAGACGUGCUUACUGCAACCUGGGCAACGCUUAUAUCUUCCUUGGAGAGUUUGAAGUGGCAGCAGAGCAUUAUAAGAGGACGCUGCAGCUGGCGAGGCAGCUUAAGGAUCGCGCGGUGGAAGCUCAGGCGUGCUACAGUCUGGGCAACACGUACACUCUGCUGCAGGACUACGAGAGGGCCAUCGACCACCACCUCAAACACCUCAUCAUAGCCCAGGACCUCAAUGACCGGAUCGGGGAAGGUCGAGCGUGUUGGAGUCUGGGAAACGCUCACACUGCACUUGGCAACCACGACCAGGCCAUGCACUUUGCUGAGAAACACCUGGAGAUCUGCAAAGAGACUGGAGACAGGAGCGGCGAGCUGACAGCACGUAUGAACGUGACAGAUCUGCAGACAGUGUUGGGUCUGAGCUACAGCACGAAUAACUCCACCCUGUCUGAGAACAGGGACAUGGACUACAAGAUGCAAGGGGCGAGGCCGAGGAUGACCAGGAGGCACAGCAUGGAGAACCUGAAGCUGAUGAAGCUCACGCCUGACAAGAUGAACGGUCAGAAGUGGAGCAGUGACAUCCUGAGCAAACAGAGCAAGCCAACCCUCACAAAGAGCUCCUCCAAGUUGUUCUUCAUCAGCCGUCUGCGUGGAAAGAAGUUCAAGGCUGGCGGAGGUUCCAGUAAGGUCCUCCAGGACGCCAGUAACACUCGGGAUACCGGACACGCACCCUCACACGGGGCACACAAGCGAUCCAGCCCCGACAUGCUCGGGGACGAAGGCUUCUUUGACCUCCUCAGUCGUUUCCAGAGCAACCGCAUGGACGACCAGCGCUGCUCCAUUCGGGAGAAAGGCAGCAGGUUGUCGCUAAAUGGUGGCCCAGAGUCUCCGCCCAGGAUCAUCAGGAGAUCUCUGUCCGAGUCCGCAAACAUGUCUGGCGCUCAAGGUCGGCGGCAAGAGGACCCCUCGACCGCCGGCGGGAGCCUGCCAGGCCUUAGACUCAACCAGAACAGCAACCAGGCCGUGCUCAGCCAUCUGAUGGCCAACGCAGACAACACCGAGCCCGACGAAGACUUCUUCGACAUGCUGGUCAAGUGCCAGGGGUCCCGUUUGGAUGACCAGCGCUGCGCGCCUCCCCCUCCUCCGGCGCGCGGGCCCACAGUACCUGACGAGGAUUUCUUCAGUCUCAUCAUGCGCUCGCAGGCCAAGCGAAUGGAUGAGCAGCGCGUCACGUUGCCCUCCUCCUCCGCGGCUAAGGUCACCACCAACAACUCCAGCUGAACGAAGCACUUAAACUCCGCCCAAAAUGGACCCAUCAAAAACAGCAGCCGGCAUGGAGUAAACCGCAUGGAGGAACUUUCGACUUGGACAAGCGGUAUCAGAGACAAUUUAAACCUAAUUUUUCUCCACUCGUGUCAUUAUUUCACCCAGUGUGUUAUUUUUAAUACAUACGUGCAUUUGUCUUUGUAUGUGUUGUACUUUUUAUGAAUGUUGUGUGUCUCUUAAUUACUGUAAUAUUCCCUUUGUCUCUCUCAAUGGAUUUUAUGUAGUUUCUUCUUAAUUUUACAAAUGAUAUUUCCAGUAAGGUCUACAGAAUUAUCAACUAAUGUACAGUGAUAAUACCCUUUUGUACUUAAUUUUUAAGAGUGAGGUUGUUGGAAUUAAAUCUCUCUCGUGGA